AUGCAAGUAGUUUGUCAGUAGUGAACCGAAGUGGCUCAGUUGACAGAAACUCUGUUUGGGAAAAUUCCUUCAAGGUGGCACAGCCACAGUUUAUUUCGAAAAAGAUGGAUGUUGUUUCCCAUUACACACCGUAGGUUUUACAAAUAAAGUUACUCCAUUUCUGUUGGAGAAAUGGGCCAUUACUACUUCUGUACAUGUUUCCUCUGCUGCUUGUCUGAAGAGGAGAGGAACGCCAUCGACAUAAAUAAUGAAAUCAAACGCAUCCUUGCAGAGCAGAAGAAAAGACAACGGAGAGAAAUCAAGGUGCUUCUGUUAGGCACAGGAGAAAGCGGAAAGACCACGUUUAUGAAGCAGAUGAAAAUCAUUCAUGGAAGCGGCUACUCUGAAGAUGAUAGACGUAACUACACUAAACUGGUUUUUCAGAAUAUCUUCCAAUCUAUGUGUGCAUUGACAGAUGCCAUGAAAGUGCUUAGGAUUCCCUACUCCAACCCCCAGAACGAGAUUUAUGCCCAGUGGUUCCAGGAUCUGGAUAUACAUCAAAUAACGCAGCUGCAGAGAAGUUAUGUAGAGGUUAUUCAUCAUCUAUGGGCAGACAAAGGCUUAAAGAUUUGUUACAGUCGGCGCAGAGAGUAUCAACUGCUAGACUCGACUAAAUACUUUAUUGAUAACUUGGACCGCAUCGCAGCUCAAGGUUACAUCCCUUCACCUCAAGAUGUUCUUCAAGUCCGAUUCCCCACGACUGGCAUCACAGACCAUUGCUUUACUUUGGAGAAGAUAACUCUCAGGAUUGUAGAUGUCGGAGGUCAGCGAGGACAAAGAAGGAAGUGGAUUCAUUGCUUUGAAAAUGUGAUGUCACUCAUAUUUCUGGCAUCCCUCAGCGAGUACGACCAACUUCUGGAGGAAAACAACAAGGAUAACCGUAUGGAAGAGAGUUUGUCGCUGUUCUACACAACCAUCCACUCAGCAUGGUUUGCCAAUUCCUCCAUCAUUCUCUUCCUAAACAAAAAAGACAUCCUGGCCGAGAAGAUUCAGUUCUCUGACCUAAAAACAUACUUUCCUGAAUUUAAUGGAAAACGUCGGGACAUUCAAGAUGCCAUGACGUUCAUCAAGAAUUUAUAUAUACAAAAAACAGUCUCCUAUGAGACCAAGAACUCCAAAAAAAUCUACUCUCACUUCACCUGUGCCACAGACACCAAAAACAUCCAGAAAGUCUUCACUGACGUGAAAGACACCGUCCUCGUCCAGGCCUUACAAGAUUUUGGAAUGUUCUAAUGGGCGCCAGACGCACCCCUUAUGGCACUCGGCAUCGACUGUAUUAAUCCCAAUCCAUGUACAUUCAGAAACACUAGUAUUUUAUGGAGACAUGUUUGCAUACUCUUCAUCCAAACUAAAAAAAAUUUUUUUAUCAUUAUUUAUAAUUGACCAUCCAAAAUGUAAUUAUGGGUUAGUUUUCAUGUUCAUAAUAACUAUGUUUACAUGUGAGAAAUCUAUGUUUUAAAUUUACACCCAUUAAAAAUCACUGUGAUCUCAGUUUUUAUAAUUAAAAACAUGCCUCAGAAAGGUGUUUUGGUCUGAGAAAAGCGUCAGUUUGUUAUUUAAUGAGAUGAAAUUCAGAUUUCGGUGUGACAUCUCAAAUGAACUAUUAAAUUAAGCUUCCCUAAAAAAUAUAAAGCUGUUCUUAUUUAGCUAUAUUGUACAAUUCAACGUAAAAUGUAGUGGUAACUUUUGUAACUGUGAACUUCUCACUAAGACCAAGUGGGAAGGUAGGGACACCACAAAAAGAGAACUGAGGUGUUACAGAUGCAUCCUGAGACAGACCUGUCAAGUGAAGUGUCAUUGUCUGUCAGACAGUGUCUCCAUACUCAAAAUAGGAUGUGACAAAGACUAGCACUGGCCCACUCAUGACUGAGCCAUUGUUCACUACACGGUGUAGUAGUGUGUCAGAAUUAAUCUCAGCUGUGGUUUUACUAUGCAAAUAGUGUAAAAGGUUGAUAGUAAUAAUAACAUAUGUUCUGUAUAAUAUGAAUGUAUAUAGUAUGCAUGUCAUUUGGAUGUACUACAUUUGCCAUGUUGUCUUGGUCAUGGGACCUAGCAGCUUUAGUUGCUUCGUUUCAGCACACAAAUCCUCUCCUGUGGCCUCAUGGGAUAGUAAAUUGUCCUCUGGAUGCACUCUUCAAAAUCUUCUACAGAGGUAGUAGGUCAUUCAGGUAGUUUUUGCCCGUUGUUUCAUGAAUACUAUGAAUGCGGACACACUAGCCUUUUCAUAUGCUGUUUUUAACCUAUUUAGAGAGGUAUGCAUAUCAGAUGCACCCUCCUAAAAAC